UAAAGGGAGAGACUGAAGAAAACUCAAAGCCCUAAAAGAUGGCGAGCGGCGUAGUGGAGAAGACGGAGGAAGAGCUUCGCAAAGAACUCUUUGAACUCAAUAGGCAACAACGCGAGAUUACUGAGCGGCUUAAGGAUCCAAGAGGUCUUCGCCGCGGUGGAUUCUCCGGCGGAGGUCCACGGAAUUUUGUUGCCAAUGGUGGUCGCCAACGCGGCGUUGUUAGACCUGCGGAGAGGAAUGAUUCAGAGGAUCAGCCAGCACCUAAAAGGCGUAUUUCUUCUGCUGUUGUGAAGAUUGAAGAGGGGGAGAUUGCUGAGGAUGUAUCCGGAGCACCAAGGGAUGCAAAUAAGGAAGAGUCAAUUGUGGAGGCAGGCCCAAAGGAGGCACCUGCCAACCACAAUGAAAGAAAGCCAUCCAAUUGGCUCCGGAGAGAUGGCUAUCAAAGGCCAUCCAAAAUGGAUUUUGAUAUACCUCCACCAGAGCCUGUGCCUAGAGUGUUGCCCAAAAACGAGGAUCCUAAAUUGGUUAGUAGGAAUAAGAGAAUGUUGGGGCAGCUGCUGGGGACCUUGGAGAAAUUCCGGAAAGAAGACAUGCAGCUUUCAGGGACUGAGGCUUACAUGCGGAGGUCAGAUUCUUUGAAAAGGGCUGAGCAAAGGGCGCGCGAAGAUAGUGAGAAAUUAAGACAACAAGAGCGGGAGCAGCUUGAUGAAAAGCUGAAAAGAGAUCUGACUCUUCGAGCACGUCUUGCUGCUAAAGCUGAGGAGAAGAGGCUGGAAUUGCUGUUUCUUCGGUGGAGUGAGCACCACAAAAAACUAGCCAAUUUUAUAAGGACCAAAGCCGAGCCACCGAUCUUUUAUUCUUUUGCCAAACCAUUGGAAGAAGAUCCAACCUUACUUGAGCAGAGAAAAGAUCAGAUAUUCGAGGAAUGGAAAGCUGCAAGGAGAGAGGAAUUGUCGCAAUACCAGAAAAAAAUUGCUGAACAAAAUGUUGCAAAAGCCGAGGAGGAAUGGAAAACUAUUUUAGAAAGGAGAGCCAACAAAAAUGUAGCAAACCUUCAAGAGACGAUGGACAAAGAGCUAGAGACUCAUAGGCUUGAGCAUGGACCCAAGACUCGAAAGAUUCCCGGUGUCAGCAACAACGAAGAUGAGGAUGUUGAGGAUAUCAAUGUUGCGGAGGAUGAUAUGAUGGAUGAUGUACUUGAAGUGGAUGAGAAUAACCAGAGGAGUGAUGAAAAUGUAAAAGUUGAAGCAGGCAAUGGUAGUCCACAGAUUGAUAACAAUGAUGAGCAGUAGAUAUGGAUCUUUCAUCUCCUUAAAGGUUUAGUCAGGAUAUGGCAAAAGCAUCUUUGUGGGUCGAAUGGGCUUUUGUAAGAAAUGGUGUUUUGUGUUUGGUUUUGUUUGGCUGGCUUUUGUGGCAGCUAUAUGUCAUGCUGAGCUCGGCUAUGAGGAUUACUCUUAUUUAUGUUAAACCUUCCAAUUUUGUUGUAUCAGCUGAAUGUCUUAUUCGUAGUAUUUAUCAGUAAGAAAAAGAAA